CACCGGGGGUGGAGGCAGACAGGCACGCUUGGGAAGCACCGCUACUUACCUAUCUACUCACCGCAUCUGUCCCUUUACGUGUCGACCGUUUCCGCAGGAUUGGACUGUAUUUUUUUCACUCUUAAUCCCGACUGAAAUCAAUGAAGGAGAGACGCUCGUGUCAGAAAUUAUCUCUGAAAUCCGGCAUGGAUCCCAGUCAGAGUGUGAAGUGUAAAAUAGUGGUGGUGGGAGACAGCCAGUGCGGGAAGACUGCCCUGCUUCACGUGUUCGCUAAGGACUGUUUCCCUGAGAGCUAUGUGCCCACGGUGUUUGAGAACUACACAGCCAGUUUUGAAAUCGACACACAGAGAAUUGAGCUCAGUUUGUGGGACACUUCAGGAUCACCAUACUACGACAAUGUGAGGCCCCUCUCCUACCCAGACUCUGACGCCGUCCUCAUCUGUUUCGACAUCAGCCGUCCUGAAACCCUUGACAGUGUACUCAAAAAGUGGAAAGGGGAAAUCCAAGAGUUCUGUCCCAACACGAAGAUGCUGCUGGUUGGAUGCAAGUCAGACCUGCGCACCGAUUUGAGCACACUGGUGGAGCUUUCCAACCACAGACAAACGCCAGUUUCAUAUGACCAGGGUUCCAGCAUGGCCAAGCAGAUCUCGGCGCCUUACAUCGAGUGCUCGGCGCAGCAGUCGGAGAACAGCGUCAGAGACAUUUUCCAUGUGGCCACGCUGGCCUGCAUCAACAAAAACAACAAAAACGUGAAGCGCAGUAAGACCACCCGCGGCAACAAAAGGAUUUCACACAUGCCGGGCAGGCCCGACCUGGCGGCGGUCGCCUCGGACCUCCGGAAGGACAAAGCCAAAAGUUGCUCAGUCAUGUGACUGAUCAGACUGAGGGGGAUUAAAGUGAGAUUGAAGACUGAGCACAGUGCAAGCAGGAAGCUGUUGAGCAAGCCUCUCUCCUGCAUGCUAAAGACCCCUUAUUUGUCUGGAACGGGGGUUUAUAAGCUUCAAUUCAUGUACAUGUUACUGGAAUACUCUACACCAAUGAAAACUCAAUGCAUAGUAGCAUCCCAACCCAUGUGGCCCCCCGCCCCACCAGGCAAGGAAGCUAUCUGUCAGCGGGCUACCUGCGAGGAAAAGGAAGUGACCGGCUUCCGUUGGGAGCACAAAGCGGAUACGAUCGAGGCUUUCCACGCCAACAGGAAGUGAGCAGGAGUGAUGUCAUUCUGUAAAGAUGGGGUUUUAAAACAUAUGAUCUUUUGAAAGCGAGCCAAAGGUGGCGAUGGGGGGCGAAAUGAAGGAGGUUCUUUUGUUUGUACUGGAUCAAAGACUUGAGCUCAGAGGGCUUAUUGAAAAACUCGUCGCCGUAGUUUGGACGUGACUCACCCUGGCCCCUGCUUACUCUUACUGUUAGCCUGUGUGCAGAGAUUAGAAGAGGAUUCUUUUAGUCAUGCACAGAGGAAACCUGACGCUCUCCGUCCCCCCUGUCUAUGAUAUCUUGUCGGUAUAAUGUGAAGUCAUUGGUGUGUUACUGCAUCAUUGUUUUAUUUUAGCUUCAUCCUGUUGACUCCAACAUGACCACACCACAGCUGUGAGCAUGUUUGUACCAGCCACACCACCAUUCUCUCCCCUAAACAACUCUGAAUUCAUGACGACUCUCAAAAGACAGAUUAUCCUAACUGCUCUCCACACUGACAGUUUUAUGGUCUCCUCUGUAUCGUAACAGGGCGCCAUAAGAAAAGGGCUUAGAGCUGCGUUCAGCCUCAAGGGAUUCAACAACCGUUCCUUGAGAUAAACAAAUGCAAUUUCGCUUUCCAUUUUCACCGAUUCGCAACACUAUUUUGAAAUGAGAAAAUGAAAAUAACUAGCAUAAUAGGUUUCUAAAACCUCUCUGUUCCUUUAGUGGGCCUAAAGACUGAAAUUAACCAUCAUUUUAGAGACAUAAUAGUCACUAAUUGUGUAAAAUGAGAACCCAAACAGACUGAGACAGUUAGAGCCAUCUUUUUCACUGCACUUUAGGGAGGGAUUUGUAAUGAAAACUAAAUUUUAACUUUGUUUUUAUGGCUUGAAAAACAUCACAGCGCUCUGCUGAGUGUUUCCCAGAAGUGUUCAGAAUCUGCAGUUGGGUAAAGUUCUCUUAAGGCCAGGUCACACCAGAAAGAGUGGCUGGAAUUUCCUUAGAAGUUUCUGCUUUUCUUAGAUUUGCUCAUGUACGCAAAGUUUAUCUGCAAGUAAGGUUAUCAUAGCCGGUUAGUGUUGCAUCUUUUGACCCAGACGGAUGGGUUUCAUAGUUUAACGAAUGAGCAAAAGGGCUUUUUGAGCUGAUGCAACAAGUCUCUGAAUACAACUUUACAUGGAAAGCGAAGUUUAGCUAUGGUUAUAAUUGCAUUAGGUAGUUUAACUCGACGGAACAGUAGAUGGCUGUACAUUGCUUUUCAGCUAGUUACUGUGAGCCUUCUUCUCAUUGCUAACAAGUUCGCAAGCAGCUAGCUUAACUUAUUGAAAACAUGACAAACUUUACAGCUCUAAACAACCUGACUUCUGCUAUGGUUGGUGUUUAUAAUGGUUAUCUUCCAUGUCAAAGCCUAGCAAGGAGACUGGGGACCAUGCACAGAACACCUGGUCUUACAGACGUGUAUACAUGCAUGAGUAACCACACCAUAUCUUGGUGUGUAAGUCUGUUUUUGCAAAAUCCCACUUCAUACGAUUUCAAAGUAAUAUGUUAAAUGUAAAAAGUCAUGUUUUAGUCAGACUUGUAUAGUAAUUUGACUUUUCUAACCUGUUACAAACAUUCUGAGUGACAUUUAAUGAACUGGCUAAUUCACGUCAACAAAUCUAAGACAUCAUAUUGGAUGUGCUAAGGGUUUUUUUAAACACUAUACAAGCUAAACUUAUUAAAAAUGAUUUGAAAAUAAGUCGCAAGAUUUUUAGAAUAUUGGCGUCAAAAUUUGGUAAACGUACAGAGCGAGAUGGUUUGCAUGUUAGCACUACCUAACUCUCUCCGACCACUUCCUGGUGCGACCAGGCCUUCACUCUGAUUAAAUUCCCCCCACCUGGUUUUGAAUUUAAGUCGUCCAUAUCAGUGUUAUGUUGUCACGAUGUUGUCAAAUCUGAAUGAACCUUUUCUAAAGUGUGGUUUUCCCUCCAAUAACAGUGCAAUUAAAAAUCAGUUUAAAUAUCAAAGUAUUUAUGCACUUUUAAUGUUACUUUCAAACUCUCUAAUUAGGUUUUUUUUGUUGUUGUUUUUCAAAUGCCAACGCUGUCAGAUUUGGCUGCUCUAUUCGUCCAAACUCUUCAUUUUCUAAUCUGUUGUUUCCCCCGUGUACAUUAUCAUGUUUUCUUGAAUGUUGAUGUCACCUUCAGAUGUCUUUGCUGAUGUUGUUGCCGCAAUAUUUAUUGAAUUAUAUAUUUUCCCUUUAGAAUAAAUGCCAAUGGAAGUGAA